AUGAAAAAUGAAGAGAAAAAAGUAAUUUAAGUACUAGAAGACAGAAUAAUUAAGAGACCUCAAUUAAAAGGUAUGAUGAAACUAUAGGAAUCAGGAAGAUUGAAAUCUCUAACUACUCAAAUGGAAUAAAUAUAAUUCCCUUAAGAAAAAUGUAUGUGUGAAAAUAAAUUAGUAAUAAAUAGUGAUUAUUAAUUUACAUCCAUUUUGAGAGAUUUUAAUUUCUAAAUUGUUAAUGAAUUUGAAUCUUUGAAAAUAAUUAAUAUAAAAUUAAAAGAGAAUCCAUGUAUAUAAAAAGGAUGUAUGGCAUUCAAUAAAAUUUACAUUAAUAGUUCAAAUCCAAAAGUCAAUUAUGAUGAGUACUAUUAUUAUUUACUUUUAUUUUAGUUUGAUAAAGUAGUUGCUUCUAUUGAAUAAACAAUAAAAUAUCAUAGUCCUUUCAUAUCAUCCUUGGGGAGAAAUACAAACAAACAUAACAUAUUAUUAAAUGCCAACUAAAUUAGAUAUUAUAUUUAAGUGA